GCAACACUGUCUGCACAUCCGGAACUGCAGCGGCUCCUCCGCCUCCGAGCUGCUGACGUGAGCCCCCUGACGUGAGGCUCCCGGUCCCCGGUACUCCCGUUGCGUCCCGGUCGCGGUGUUCCUCGUUGGCCGGCGGUCUGUCGGGUAUCCUGCCGUCCAAAUCGACGUUAUGCACGAGAAGACGAGAUGAGCACAAGACGUUCGGUUCCUCCCGAGCAGACUGACUGUUUCCUUGCCGAAUGACUGGCUCCGGUUCUCUAGCAGCAUCCUGGAUAUCUUAUUGGCUGGCUGGCUGAGUGACAGUUGUCAUCCACAAACCGCAUUGUUAGCUCAUCUCCAAGACCUCGCCUGCGUUUCAGUGCCAUUUUUUUCCUCAUCUACCGCACUCUGCAACACUAUGAGUGGAUGAAGUCUUCAUGAAGCUGCUAUGGCCGACAGUAGCAGCAGUCAGACGCACGCAGAACCCCUGGAGGGCUUUCACGAGGUUAACCUAGCCUCCCCCACGACACCUGACCUACAGAACCAGGCGGAGCAGCGAGCAGUGGGCCGCCACAGCGCCCCGCCCAGCUCCCUGUACCGCACCGCCUCCCUGGGGGCGCCCCCCGGUGGCCCCCACACCACCCUGCGUGCCGACCAGCUGCCCACCCAGCCCGUGUACUCGGCCCCCCGGCUCAGCCACAAUGGCAGCGUUCCAGGGAUGGAGGCGGAGCCAGCCGAUGGCAGCUUCCUGUCUGGAGAGGAAGGGGAGGAGUGUAGCGCUCUGAGUGACAGCCUGUCGCGGCUGCGCAGCCCCUCCGUGAUGGAGGUCCUGGAGAAAGGGAACGAGAGGCUGAGGGAGGAGCUGGCCAGGGCACAGAGGGAUCUGCUGUUGAAAGACGAGGAGUGUGAGAGGUUGUCUAAAGUGAGAGACCAGCUGGGGCUGGAGUUGGAGGAGCUCACGGCCAGCCUCUUCCAGGAGGCCCAUAAGAUGGUCCGAGAGGCCAACGUCAAACAGGCGACAGCCGAGAAGCAGUUGACGGAAGCCCUCGGCAAGAUCGACGUGCUCCAGUCCGAGGUGCUGGCCCUGAAGACCUUGGUGCUGUCCUCGCCCACCUCCCCCGUGGCGGAGCUCCCCGGGGGUCCGGGGGCCGUGAAGACCCCCUUCAGGAAGGGCCACGGCCGCAACAAGAGCACCUCCUCCGCCAUGACGGGCAGCCAGCCCGAGGCCUCGGCCACGCAGCCCCUCGCACGCGACUGCCGGGAGGUGGACGCUCAGCUGUUCGGUGAGUUCAAAGCCUGGCGGGAGGAUCCUACGCUGGACCGGAGUGGCUGCUUCAUGGAGAGGGUUUACAGGGAGGACAUCCACCCCUGCCUCACCUUCAGCAAGAGCGAGCUGGGGUCGGCCAUCUUGGACGCGGUGGAGCAGAACACUCUGAGCGUGGAGCCGGUGGGCUUCCAGCCGCUGCCCGUCGUCAAGGCCUCCGCCAUGGAGUGUGGGGGACCCAAGAAGUGUGCUCUUAGUGGACAGACUAAGACCUGCAAGCACAGAAUCAAGUUUGGAGAUUCGUCCAGUUACUACUAUGUGUCUCCCUACUGUCGCUACAGAAUAACAUCCGUCUGUAAUUUUUUCACCUAUAUUCGUUAUAUCCAACAAGGGCUAGUGAAACAGCAGGAUGCUGAGCAGAUGUUCUGGGAGGUGAUGCAGCUGAGGAGGGAGAUGUCGUUGGCCAAGCUGGGCUACUACAAAGACCAACUGUAACCCUCCAAUCAGCACACAGGCCUCGCCCACAUCAUCCCCCGUCAACCAAUCAGCCACCACCCUCCACCAACAAUCGUGUGUGUGCGUGUGCGCGUGUGUGUGUGUGUGUGCAUUUGCGUGCAGUGACACUAGUCUGUUGACUUUGUAAUAGAGGACUAAUAGCAGUGAAGACAUUUUGUUCAAAGAUUUGUUCACUGAUUUGAGUUUAAUUUGUCUGAAUUCUGAUUUGAUAUUUCAAUGAUUAGGCAGUUUUGAGACGCCUUUGAGAUUUGCGAUGAGAAUCGAAUGAUCAGAAUGUUGACGAUGAUUUUAAGGAAGUUAGGAUCUGUGCUCUGUUAAAGUCGUCGAGGUGAAACGACGUCAACGUCCACCGAUAACACGAUGAACCUGCAUGUUUACGUGGUGGGGAAUGAACUUCCAACGUCCGUCCAUAGAGGGCGCUGUGCACUUCCACCGUCUUCGGACAUUACGAAACGGAAGAAUGGAAGAUAGGAGAGCUCUGCUUCCUCUCCAGUGUACAGAACAUGCAGAAUUAAAUCCUACACUACACACAUUUGUGUUGAAUUAAUUUAAUUUAUUAUUAUUGUUAUUAUUAUAUGGAUGUAAACUGAUAUUUCAAAACUAUUGUUAAGAGAAGGCGAUGAGCUGUCAAGCACUGAGCUGUUGAUACAUCUAUGUGUGUCAAGGACGUUGUGUGCGUGUGCGUGCGUGUACUGCAUUCUGCGUGAACUCUAUUAUACAUCACUCCUGUAACCACGCCCCCCGCGGUCUUCUCCCGUACGACCCCCCACCACGCGGCUUCCUAUCCUUGGUUUCAGUGAAUUUCUCUUGGAUUCUGGAAUAAAACAGUUGACCUCUGAAAA